GGAACUCCAAACUGUCAAUCAAAUCGAGUUGAACGUCAAAUUAGUUUGUAGUAACAUAAUGUUUGUUUGAUCCACGUUUUACAUCUUAAAGAAGCGACAUUGACUUAAAUCACCAUAGACAACACCGGGAAUAGAUCUGAAAAUUGUUAUAGAAAUCUCGAAACAAAAUAAAUUGUCCAAGGUCGAUCAAAAGGACGGUAAACGCCUCGUGUAGGUGUAGCUUGCGGAUCAUAUAAAUUCAGUUUUUUAUGUUUUAUACAACUGCGUUGUAUGUGCGGCAAUAAUAUGUCAGUUCCAUUGCCUGCUUUUGUGCCUGCUUUACGAAAAGCUACUGCAGCGGUGAUAUUUCUUCAUGGCUUGGGUGAUACAGGCGCUUUAAUUCUCAGGGCUCUCAAUAUCAAAAGUUUGGCGUGAGAUAACCUGUCAAAGUUUGGGUACAACGUUGAGAAAUGACAAAAAUGCCAUAAGUCUCACGACGAAGGCGUGAUACUUGAGAGCCCUGAAUUCUUGCUUAUAGUCAUGGUUGGGCCGAGGCUUUUGCAGAGAUCAGAACUUCACAUGUGAAGUACAUCUGUCCUCACGCGCCUAUCAUGCCUGUCACCUUAAACAUGAACAUGUCCAUGCCCUCUUGGUUUGAUAUCAUCGGGUUGAGUACAGAUGCUGAGGAAGAUGAGAUUGGGAUAAAAAAAGCAGCAGAGAAUAUUAAAGCGCUGAUAGACCAGGAAGUCAAGAAUGGAAUACCCUCCCACAGAAUUGUCCUGGGUGGGUUUUCUCAGGGUGGAGCCCUGUCUCUCUACACAGCCCUGACGACUCAGCAGAAGCUAGCAGGAGUUGUGGCUCUCAGCUGCUGGCUGCCUCUACGUAGCUCCUUUCCUCAGGUUUCGGCUAACAUGGUCAACAAGGACAUUCAUUUCCUCCAAUGCCACGGUGAGGCGGACCCUCUGGUGCCGUUAGUAUUCGGUAGUCUGACGGUAGAAAAGCUGAAGACUCUUGUCAACCCAAACAACGUCACCUUGAAGACCUAUCCCAGAAUGCCUCACAGUGCCUGUUCUGAGGAAAUGAUGGAUAUUAAGCGGUUCAUUGAGAAGCAGCUUCCUCCAGUUUAGCUAAUGAUCUUAUUAGCAGCCCACACACUACCACCAUCGCCGACUAGGUCCCUGACUCCUGCCUCUCAUCAAGAUCCUCGGAACCACUGACUGACUUUACUAAAUACCUGCUCACUCUGGUUUCUGCUCACCUAGUUAGGAGUAGGCUAAGGGCUAUAGGCAGUCUAAGAGGAGAGUAUACACAGACUGCAGUGUUUUGGACUGGAGCUAUGACUAAAUCUUUGACACGAAACAUGUCAGUUGCCAUUGUUGUACAGCGGUUCGCCUUCAAACCUCAAGAAAUACAUCUUUAGAUGUGGUGGAAUAUCUUUUACUAUAUUGGUUUGAAAAGCUAUUUAAUACAAUCUUUUGAUUUACAAUAGAUAGCAGAGACAAAAUAGUUGUUUAAUGAUCCAUUGGUCUUCAUCUAAUAUACGUAGAAAUAAUGAGAUGAUUAACAUGAAAAAUACCAUAGAUUUAUUG